UACAUUGUCGUUAGAACGAGCUCUACCGUUCGUCCUGCAACCAAGAUGGUGGCUUACAAGCAGGAGAAAGCGCCACCCGGUGGUUAUGCGGCAAUUACUUGGGGCAGAGAGUUCAUACCUAAGAAAGUUUCCGCAUCAAAGUUAUGGGGUGGGUUCUUUGCAGUGAAGUUUGUAGGCCUUGCAUAUGGCUUAGGAUAUUUGCGCCCAAAACGGAAGCGGCAUCAGUUGGAAGAGCAAGAGUCCGUUCUCGUGAUGUCUGUAUUCUACCAGGCAGAACAUGAUCGCAGAGUGUUAAGAAGUUUGCGCCGUAUGAGAGAUGAAGAGGGUCGAUUGUUUGCUGACGAUCCUAACUGGGAGGUCGGUAAAUACAUGGGCGAGCAGCUGUAUCAUCGCGAUCACAACAUGUUCCGCGCAGCUCGGUACCACGAUAUGGCUGCCUUCAUGCCCCUGAGAACCUCAUGGCAGACCUUUAAACACUACAUCUCUAAUUUUAAACCCUUCCCAGCAUGGGACUGACUUAGUUACAAUAGUGAAUAAACUGAAUAAAGUCUCUUAGAUUGUAUUAUGACUACUGAAAACAAUUAUACAAAUAUUUUACUUUGUAAUUUAUCAGAAACAUUGAAAAUUGGUGUGUCAGGGAGUAUUUAUUAUGGGUUUGUAAGAAAAGUUGUUGAGAGUUUUUGAAACUUAAGGAGAACCUAUAGAAAUGCUUAUAAACACACUAAAUGUAAUCAAUUUCAAACAAGUAAUGUUGCUUUUGUUGCGGAGUGUUGCAUGUGUAGAAUGUUUAAUAAAACUCUAAAAAGAAAA